UUUUUUAUUUGGGAGGAGGGAGCUGGUAGGGGUGGCGUGUGAAAAGAUUUUGUUUUUUUGAUUAAUAAAUCGUGUAUUUUUAAUUGUAAUUAAUAAAUUAUUUUCUAACUUAUAAUUUCAAAUUCUUUUGAAGUAUAUAGAGUAGCCAUUGGGAAUUUCUUACAAAAUACGCCUCUAUUUUAAAUGCACAGUUAGAGAGACUCUGCGCGCAUGGGACGUUUUGGUUCACUUUUUACCAAAAUCAAACCAAAUCAACUAUAUUGAUUUUUUCAACUAAUAUAUAUAUUGUAUAUUUAUAUAUUUAUAUUUUAAUGAUAUGUAAUGAUUUAAUCUAAAAAUGAUUUAACUUACUGUAGUAAUAAAAUAAUAUUAAAAGACAUACCAGAAAUAAGAAUUUUAUUAAUUAUUUUCAAGACAUCAGAAAUGGAAUUGAUACCUUAUCAUUGUUUGCAGGUUUCUUGUCCCAACCUGAAAGAGCUAGAACUCGAUGGGGCUAACAGCAUAACUGCUCUGUGCUCUCACCAACUUCCAACUGCUUACUUCAGCAAACUUGAAAUAAUUGAAGUAUGGGAUUGUGGAAAUUUGAGAAACUUGAUGUCUCCGUCAGUGGCCAGAGAUCUUCUGAAUCUCCAAACAUUACGGAUAAUAUCCUGCGAAUCAAUGGAAGAAGUGAUUACAGAAGAGGAACAACAAGCAGAUGAAAUCAUGACAAAUGAGCCCUUAUUUCCCCUAUUGGAAGAGUUGACUCUUUACCGUUUGCAAGAGCUGAGGCAUUUCAUUCUUCCUCUGGCAAGCGUAAAUUCUUCCAUUUUGUCCGGUGUCUACCUGUUCCUCCUAUGUAGUUACUCCAAAAGAAUUGUGCAAUAAUCUUCUGAAUAUGAUUCAGUACAUUCAACGGAGGAUUCAUUACCUACAAACAAUGAAUGGGUAUGCUCUGGAGAACAUGUUUAAUCAAUAUUGCUCUGCUUCCGUAUGAUAACAAUUUUCCUUUC